AUGGUAAAUGGUGAGAGGUACUACGUCUCAUAUGAAGGAAUCUCUGCUAUUUGCUCAAUGUGUGGUAUGUUUGGACAUCUAGUUAACUCAUGUCCAAGGAAUGUUACGGAGCGAGCUCUUGGCACGGUGCCUAGCCCAGUGACCAUGACUCAUGUGGGGUCUGAAUCCACAGGAAUGGAUACGGAGUUUACCCAAGUGAGACAGGCGAGGAGGAAGCUUGAGCAACAAAGAAGCAUAGGAGGAUUAAUGCGAAGUAAUGAGGAGAGAAGUGUGGGGGGAAGGAAAACACGGGAAGUACGUAAGGAGGGAGUGCUGGAGGAAAUUAGAGUGUCAAAUCGGUUUGGAGGUUUGGAGGAAGAAGGGGAGACAGAUGAGCUAGCGGAGGUUGGUGUGAGAGAGGAAGGGAAUAAAGAAAAUGAAAAUACCGUGAACCUAAGCUUGGGAGGUUCUAGUAAGGUGCAUGGGAAGGCUAUGACGUUUGUAGCAAAUGAGAAGAAAGAGAAACAUGCUUCAGUCCGAUUGGGACCUAAAGAAAAGAAGACAAGUAAUAUGAGAAGCCCACAUUUCCAAAUGCCCAAAUCAAAACCAGUUGGGCCUACACGCGGACUGGUAUAUGGUCCAACUAAAGAAGAGAUCGACAUGUCUGUUAGUGGAAAGAGGCUGAGAGUCGAGAAGGAGACCGUCAGCCGACCGGGUGGUGCCUUCGCCGGAGUCAGGGACGUAGAAGGGAAGGAGAGGAAUCCUGACCAUGCUGGGGUGUUAUAUCGGAACCCCGUGUGGAGCAAGUGGGAGAGGUUUCGACGGAGCGGAGGUCUGUGGCUAUUAUGGAGAUCAGAAGUAGGAGAGCUAGAGAUUGUCAAAUCUUCUGAUCAGUUUAUUCAUGCUCGUGUAGGAAGUGGGACAGAGGUUAUCAACUUGAUUGUCGUGUAUGCUGCCCCUACGCCGAGUCGUCGAAGUGGUUUAUGGACUGCUUUGGGAGAGGUGAUUCACAAUGUUGAUGGGCCGGUGUUUGUCGGUGGUGACUUUAAUACUAUUGUGAGAUUGGAUGAGAGAAGCGGUGGGAAUGGGAGACUAUCCUAA